GUUGUUUGUCUCUUGUAAAUUUGCACCGUCUUCCUCCUUCCCUACUACACUACACUGCACUGUUCUACUUCUAAUCUUCAGCUCAGCUGAUUCGACGACUACACUGCACUCCAAUUUCGAAUUUUCUUAAAGGAUUAGCCCUCUUUGAUCGUCAUGCUAGCUUCGACUACUCUGAAUCUCGGCUGUCUCAGCACGCACCGGUUGAAUGCCGCUGCCCACACCACUCCCAAACCCUUUCUAAUUCCCCCCACCGUCAGGACGAAGCAUCUCUCGAAAUCUUCCGAUGACUUCCGCUGCUUCAAACUGGAUAAUCCUGUGAGGACAGCGGUGGCUGCGGUGGAUUCCUCCGAUCCAAUUGAAAAGGAAGAGGAAGCGUCCUCCGGAAGGAAGCAGUACCACUUCGUCGUGGCUAAUGCCAAGUUCAUGCUGGAUGAGGAGGAGCAUUUCCAGGAGCUAAUGGCGGAGCGUCUUCGGCUUUUCGGGGAGCGGGACAAAGAGCAGGAUUUCUGGCUUGUGAUCGAACCCAAGUUCUUGGAUAAGUUCCCUAACCUUACCAAGCGCCUCAAGAGGCCUGCUGUUGCUCUUGUCUCGACCAAUGGUCCAUGGAUAACGUUCAUGAAGUUGAGACUGGACAGAGUUCUGCAGGACAGCUUUGAGGCCGACAGUCCGGAAGAAGCUCUGGCUUCCGAUCCUGUGGAGCUGAAGUUCGACAAGCCGGAAAAUUGGACAGCGCCGUACAGAAAGUAUGAAUUUGGGUGGUGGGAACCCUUUCUUCCUCCCAAGACAUCUUCAAAUGUAUGAUUGAAGAGCAUGAGAUGUGUCUGAUUUUUGUAAGGUUUUUUUGCUUGUAGUAGUUGUUAAAAUAUAUAUAUAUAUAUAUAUAUAUUUAUGUACGUUGUGUAAAUGUAUUGAUCGGGAUGCUGAGGAAAUGCAUUUCCUACUACGAUUGAGGUUCGUUUUGUAUUUCA